CGGUGAGUUUACCGGAGAUAAAAAAAAGAACACAAAACACUAUAUAAGUGAUAGAAAUGAGUGGCAAUUUCUUUCGCUUGAAACACUCGUUUACAGACAGAUAAAAUGACUUCUACUCGAAUAAUAUUUCUACUCACCAUUGCAACUAGCAUUUACUUAGUGCAUGGGGAUUUAUUUGCCAAUUUGAAAACCGCACUUGCUGAUGCAGAAAACAAGCUUUAUAAUCUUUACGGAGAUGACAAAGUUAGCGAAGUUGAAAAUACUCUUGAAGAUGCUGGAAAUCAAAUUGUUGGCGUAAUAUCCAAGACCAUACAAAAAAUUCAAGAGAUCCUUGGAUUAACACAGGGCAAAAAAGACCAAGGUCAGUAUUAUUUCUUAUGUUGAACUUCCCAUCUCAUU